CAUCUGGGCGCUGAAUACCCUUCAAGCUUCUUUUCGAGUAUUGAUGUGUAUUUCCAUUUCCAGAAACCCAAGCCCAAGCCCAACUGUUGAAAUCGAAGGUUCUGUUUCUGGCCAAUUAGGUUCGGAGGAUACGAGGUGGAAUACUGCUUGUGAUUGUGUUUUUGUGUGUCUGUCUCAGCGAUCGAUCACACAGAAAUGCUGAGUUCGCUUCGAUUGCAAGCUUCAAAGCCAGGCGUUGUUGUGUGUUGCAAGAACACCAACAUUGACACACAAGUUGUUACCCUCUCGUGUCUGAAACGCCCUCCCCUGCCCAAACCCUUAUGCUCUUUCACCCUACAAUCACGCCAACCAUCAUCAUCGCAUUACACCUCCACCGUUGGAUCUUCACCGCUUCAUCUCUCUCAUUGGAACCUCACCCAACGCCAUCUCACUCUUCUCAAUGUCCUUGCCUGCGUGACAGCGAUAUGUGCAACGUGGCUGAUUUGUUCUGCGAUUCCCGCGCUUCUGGCUUUCAAGAAAGCAGCAGAAUCACUGGAGAAACUUAUGGAUGCCACGAGGGAGGAACUUCCAGACACCAUGGCUGCAAUUCGAUUAUCCGGCAUGGAAAUCAGUGACUUGACCACUGAGCUCAGUGAUCUUGGGCAAGAGAUUACACAAGGUGUUAGAAGCUCCACUCGUGCAGUUCGUUUGGCGGAGCAAAGGCUUCGUCGCUUGACUACUAUGCCUCCUUCUUCAGCUUCUUUGCAGGGAAUGGCCAGCCUGAAAACUGAGGCUGACCCAGGUGGACCUGUGGUAGCUAGAACCGCAAGGGGUGCCAGAGAGGGCAUUGUCAAGGGUCGUGCUAUCUUGCAAAUGUUUUUCACCCUCACUCGAUUUUCAAGGUUUGCUCUCAACUAUAUCACUGGACGUAGACAAAGCUAGGGGCCAAAGAAAAUGCCAGAUCUUCAUGGGGAUCAACAUCAAUGUUCUAUUCUCUAGAUAUCUUUUUUCUUCUUCCCUUUUUUCCUUUACUCUUUUUUAUUGGUUAGAGAUUUUACAUUUUAGUGAUUUGGGAUUUGUGAUGCCAAAUGCGCCACCCUCCACUACUUGUGUAUUGAUCUUCUAUUUGAUUUGAUCAUGGAUGGCUUGGUUGUGCACUUGUGCCAUUUUCUGUUAUUACAGAUUUCCCUUUAGAUGUCGCAACAGGGUCUCUAAUGUAAUCAAUUGAUGUUUUCACAAUUUCUAUUAAUUUUUAGGAUGAG